GUGAUUGCGAGAUAGAUUUCAUAGCAUAAAACCCCCCUGCAAUACAAUGAUAUAUGCAUCAAUUCAUUUGGUUGUUUGUCGAUCGAGAAAUCAGAAAUGGCAAGAAAAUUAUCAGUUGGUGCUUACAUUCUUGCAAUCUUGAUAACAUGUUCUUCAGCAGUACUGUUUAAUGUCGGAGCGAUUAAAAUAGGUCUGCCUGAUUACUAUCGAACUGCCGUCCGUUGGCCUCAAUCUUACUGCAACACUGGGAAGUUUGUCUGUGCUAAGCCAACCCCAUUUCAUUUCAUCAUACACGCUCUCAUUCCAAUGUAUCAUGGUCAUGAGAAAGUUCCACAGUUCAACAAAACUGGAUGCACCCACACCCAACCAAAGACAGAAAAAGAUAUUAACAACGAGCUAUUAGCUCCAUUGGGAGAUGAACUGAGAAUAAAUUGGCCCUCACUUGGAAUUGAGAAACACUAUUUAAAGCUUUGGAGGUAUGGAUGGAAACUUCAUGGAAUGUGUUCUGAAUUCGCCGAUCAUCCUUUCGAUUACUUUGACAAGGCCUUAAGUUUGGUUAGGCAACAUGAUUUCAUGCUGGAACUCAUUAGAGGUUCUGGACCGAAAAACCAUAUGUUUGAGAAGAGAUGUCCUUGACAAGGAGAUAUUCAUAAAGAAAGAAUUGAAGGAUAAUGUUUGUCAUAUUUAAAAAAUAAUGAUCAAAUAGCUAAUGCACAAUAUAUAUUGUCCAUUCCUAAUUCUAUAAUG